AUGAACAAUGGUCAUACCCGAGAAUCAAAACAUCGUAUCGCAGUUCUGGAAGAUCAAGAUGUUGAAACCUUCGUCGCAUUCUGUGAAUAUGCAUACACGGGGGACUACAAUGUGCCACAGGCACCAAUCCCUCGCCUGGAUGAACGGACAAGGAUAGGCGCUUCCGAGACUGCAACUAGUCCUGCAAAAUCAUGGCGGGAAAUUCAUCGCACCGACUCAAUGUCCACCGGUGUGCCACCUCCUGCACCAUCUCCACCUCCAUCUGUCGGUUCCGCUAGUCGAAGAGCACAGGCACCAGCCGCGCCCGAACAGGCCAUCGAAGAUGACUCUCCAGCAGAGCCGGCAGUGGAAGAGCAGCAGCCAGCGACAGAAGAAGCGCCUUCAACUGAGGCUAAUGAUGCUUCAAAUCAGCCAGAGGAGUCGAAUUUGUCAAAUACCGCCGAAGGUGAAGUCGAGCCCGAGUCGGUACCGGAGCCCGAGGCAGAUGCGGAUGCAGGUCCAGCCGAUGAGGCUGAUGAAUGGGGUUCGUCGCCAGCUUCCACAAAGAAGGGCAAAAAGGCGAACAAGAAGAAGAAGAAGGGUGGGUCAAAGCCCGCUGAGGAGCCAGCAUUGCACCUAACACCUCCAUCAACACCUCCCUUGGAGGCUUCACCUGAAGUCCAGGAAGUUUCAAUGGAGGCGGAAGCGUCCGAGCAACCCCGGGAGCAUACCUUGGAAGAAUCAGCACAACCGACAGAAGCGGCGCCAAUGGAGGAGUCUUCUGAGGCUAUGCCUUCGCCCGAGGCCGGGACUGAACAGGAAGCCGACUCUGCACCAGCAGAGGAGUGGAGCGAGCCAGCAGAGAGUGCUCCAGUGGAAGACACUCCCACUCGAGAUGAGUGGCAAGAGGCUGAGAGUGGAAUUGAUAGCCAAGAGGAGCAGAAGGAGGCUCCCCAGAAGCCAUUCAUUGAUAUGUCAUUCGCCAAGCAGUCUCGAUCCGAUUCCUCACCUCGCACACCGGGUCAGAGCCUUUGGGAUGAAUUCGCUGAACUUGAUUACAAUGACGAAACACCCGAUUCAUUUCUCCCCACCCCCGACUCCUCUACUGCCGAUCUCCCAUACCUCACCUUCCACGCCAAGGUAUACGUCUUCGCUACACGCUACCUCAUUCCCGCACUAGCCCAGCUCUGCCUCCGAAAACUCCACCGAGAUCUCCUAAGUUUGACCUUUGAAGAUGCAGAAUCCAUGAACCCGAUGCUGGAUUCACAGCCCCUUAUUGGCUUGGUUGCACUCCAAGUCCCCAUGGUCCUGGAUCUGUUGCAAUACUCAUACACCAAGACGACGCGUCUGGAGCCGAUCAUACCCAACUCGGCGACGCAGCUUCGGGAGAACGAGCUUCGAAGAUUGGUUGUUCAUUAUGCUGCUUGCAAGGUGAAGGAACUUGCACGCUAUCAUCUACCUGGAGAUAGUGGAGCUGCUACUCCGGCUGUUCGACCAAUGGAUGCGUCGGCGACACGCACUGAGAGGCCGCCUGUGAAGAGUCUUCGAGUGUUGUUGGAUAUGACUCCUGAGUUGGCGUCUGAUCUUGUUUACCGUAUGAUGUGA